AUGAGUGACUGUAUAAAUUGUGUACAUUGUCACUUCCCACAUUCGCUGUCGACGAAACUGAACGCAAUACAUGACAAGGAUGCUGUACAGACAUCAACAGGUUCUGUUGUAACUCAUAUACACGAAUUCGACGAUUUAUUUGAAACAUCGUUUUACGGCCCUUCUAUGUUUCGAUUAGUCGAUCAUCCUUUGAGUUUCAGGCAACAAGCCAACGAGUGGAUUUAUAAGAUGUUGUUUCUGUGGGCGAGAGAGCCUAUUCCACAUUCCAGGGCUGGUCCGUGGUUUGCAUGGUUUGCAACUGCAGCAGUUUUAUGGCGAUGCCGUCGUCGGAUAUCAAAAGCAGUUCACGCCAUGUCACCCUUAAAAUUGUUCAAACGACGAGUAAUUCCAGUUAAUGUCAAAGCGGUGCAAGCGCCAAAAGCCACAGCGACGACCGCACAAAACAUCACCAAAGAACAUCAAAAAAAGCUCUGCUAUAUACUCAAUUCGAAGCACAACACUGGAAUUAAAACCCGAGUUAAAAGACUUUGCACAGGUGAUGGACCUCACGUGACGGGAGCUUCAUUCAUUCAAACGUCGCCAAUGAUGAAUUACAAAGUGACUCGAAGCGGUAAAGUUUACGGAAAAUAUAACAAAAUGAUUUUGUCAACGAUGCGGAAAAAUCGACUCACUUCGUCAUGA